AAUCCCUAUAAAUAUACUCUUCAUUUCAUUCCCAAAACAUCAUCACUACCCAACAUGCGAAACUAAAGAGCACAGUCAGAUCUCUUCAUUCUCAGCUCAAGUCCAAACCCUUCACAAUCUCUUCAUAUCCCCUACUCUCUUUCACCAAUGGCAGGUUACUAUAGUACUUAUCUUUCUAUUUUCCUCGUACUAACAAUAACCAGCCUCGCGACAAUAUCUGUUCAAGCACAACAUACUCGAUUUGGGUUCUAUUUCAGAACAUGUCCUCAAGCUGAAUCCAUUGUCCGAGCUACUGUCCAAACCCAUGUUAAUGCGAACCCUAGACUAGCCCCAGGGUUACUGAGGAUGCAUUUUCAUGAUUGUUUUGUUCGAGGUUGUGAUGCUUCGGUUCUUAUCGACGGACCUUCCACAGAAAAAACUGCUCGACCUAAUCUUUCACUGAGAGGUUAUGAAGUCAUCGAGGAUGCAAAGAAACAAAUCGAAGCUAUUUGCCCUGGUGUUGUUUCCUGUGCUGAUAUUCUUGCCUUAGCUGCAAGAGAUUCUGUCGUAUUAAGUAAUGGGCCAAGUUGGCCAGUAGCAACAGGACGUCGUGAUGGGCGUGUAUCAUUAGCUUCUGAUACCACUAAUCUUCCCGAUGUCACGGAUUCAGUCGACGUACAAAUACAAAAAUUUGCUGAUAAAGGACUUGAUAUUAAGGACGUUGUUAGUUUAGUUGGGGGUCACACCAUAGGGACAACAGCUUGCAGCUUUGUCAGAUACAGGCUUUACAAUGUCGAUUCAACUACCGGGGCUGACCCAUUGAUCGAUCCAUCAUUCGUUCAAACUUUACGUGAUCUAUGUCCAGCAGAUGGUGAUCCAACUAGGCGUAUCGCAUUCGAUACUGAUAGCGAAGAUAGAUUUGAUUCAAAUUUCUUUGAUAACUUGAGAAAUGGAAGAGGAGUUCUUGAAUCUGAUCAGAGAUUAUGGGCUGAUUCAGCGACUCAACAUGUGGUUCGGCGUUUUUCUGGUCCCUUUAGAGGUUUGAGCAGGUUGUUAUUCAACGUCGAAUUUAGCCAAUCAAUGGGGAAGAUGAGUAAUGUGGGUGUGAAGACUGGUUUGGAAGGAGAAAUUCGAACAGUUUGUUCAAAAAUUAAUUAAUUAGACUGAUUUAUCAGUUUAAUUAAUUCAGUUGAAUUGUGGAUAAUUUAUCUGCUUAUUAAUUUCUA